CAAACGCAUUUUUACACACGCGUGGGCGUGUCGCUCGUGACGCGUGUCGCGCUCUGUAAAUAAAAGCGCGGGUCAGCGUGAACGCGCACAGUGAAUUUUACCCUACAGCAAAACAUCACAACAUUACCAACAUGGCUUUAGAUAUUGGCACCUGGGAUCUGGCAUGUCAGUUCAAUAACACUGACCACCACACGGAGCUGAACGGCACCGAUCGACUGAUCGUGAGGAGAGGACAGGCCUUCACCAUUAAUCUGAAUCUCAACUCCAGUUCUUACCUGCCGGGAGUCAGUCAACUUCAGAUCGUAGCCGAGACCGGCCCUCAGCCUGCGCAGCAGUACGGCACCAGGGCCGAGUUCAGCCUCAGCGAUGAGAUCGACAGCACGUGUUGGAGUGCUGCAGUGACCAGUCCACCCGGGGACACCAUUUGCCUUUCCAUCUGCCCUGCCCCUGACGCUCCCAUUGGCCGAUACAUCCUAACUUUAGAUGGCUGUGUCCAGUUUGAUUUCAUACUGCUGUUCAACCCGUGGUGUCCAAGAGAUGUGGUGUACAUGGACAGCGAAGAUAAACUGGCAGAGUAUGUUUUGGCUCAGGAUGGGAUCAUCUUCAGGGGUGAUGCUGAUUAUCCUGUGCCGUUGGCCUGGGAUUUUGGACAGUUUGAGGAAGGCAUCCUGGAUGCUUGUUUAAGAAUCCUGGACAUGAACCCUAAACACCAGAGAAACCCGGGGAAAGACAGCUCUGGACGUAGAAAUGUCAUUUAUGUCACUCGAGUUCUCAGUGCGAUGAUAAACAGCAAUGACCGAGAUUCUGGCGUCCUUGAGGGCUGCUGGAAAAAGUCAUUUGAAGGCGGAUUGAGCCCCAUGUCCUGGAGGGGGAGCGUUGAGAUUCUGAGGACGUGGAACAGCACUUCCUGUUUGCCUGUGCGCUACGGCCAGUGCUGGGUGUUUGCAGCUGUUGCCUGCACGGUGUCUCGAGCUCUGGGGAUUCCAUGCAGGGUGGUAACAAACUACUUUUCAGCCCACGAUACAAACAGCAACCUUGUGAUCGAACGUUACGUCAACGAAAAAGGUGAAACGGAGAGUGUCACCAGAGAUAUGAUAUGGAACUAUCACUGCUGGGUUGAGAGUUGGAUGACCCGACCUGACCUCUCAUCUGGUUUUGAUGGGUGGCAGGCGAGUGACCCGACACCACAGGAGAAAAGUGAAGGUGUGUUCUGUUGUGGACCAGUCCCUGUACAGGCAGUAAAGGAAGGAGAGCUCACUUUAAAGUAUGAUGCUGCGUUUGUGUUUGCGGAGGUGAACGCAGACCUAGUGUUCUUCCUGAAGUAUAAAGACGGCAGUACAAGAAAAAUCGUGAAUGACCAGAAGGUUGGACAGAAGAUCAGCACUAAGAGUGUGGGUCGUGAUGUGAGAGAAGAUAUCACACACCUGUACAAAUAUCCUGAAGGUUCUGCGGAGGAGCGAAAGGUUUUUGAGAAAGCCAAACACCAGAACAAGUUGAAUCAACAGCAGGCGAACGGCGGGUUAAACGUCACCAUCAAGCUCUCCUCCGGGAUCAGCAAGGGCUGCGACUUUGACGUGUUUGCAAUUGUGACAAAUAACAGCGCGGAAGAGAAGAAGUGUCGUCUUGUGUUUGCAUCCCGCGCCGUGUCUUAUAAUGGAAUCACUGGACGAGAGUGCGGCUUUAAAGAUCUGCUCAAUGUGGAACUAAUGCCAGGAGCAGAGAGGAAGGUUCCUCUGAGGCUGAACUACAGUAAAUACUGUAAUACUCUAAUGGAGGAUAAUCUCAUUCGUCUCGGCGCUCUGCUCAUCGACUACAGCACCAGAGAAGCUGUCAUGGCCAUGAGAGACAUUGUAUUGGACAACCCAGAUAUCAAAAUCAGGAUUCUUGGAGAACCCAAGGAGAACCGUAAGCUGGCAGCGGAACUUACGCUGCAGAACCCACUGCCAGAACCUUUACAAGGCUGCUGUUUCACUAUAGAGGGCGCAAACCUCACAGGCGGCUACAGCAUCACUGAGAAACUGGAGUCGAGCAUUGAACCCGGACAAGAGGCUAAAGUUAAAAUCUACUUCACUCCGACUCAGUGCGGCCUGCGCAAACUUGUAGUGGAUUUUGACAGUGACAAGCUGGGCCACGUAAGAGGAUACAGGAAUGUUAUCAUUGGAAAAUGAGACCUCUUAACCUUUAAUGAGGUAGAGAGUUUAAAGUGGAAUCAUCUGUUUCUCUGUGGUUCACUUGUGAUUAUUAAGACAGUAUUACUUCUAUAUACAGUAUUUUUCAAAGAAUGUGAAAACAAUAAUUUCACACUACAAACUGGCUUCUAUAGCAGCUGUUCACAGUAUGUUAUUUCUGAAGAUAGUAAAGCGCUGUAAUCGGUAUGCAUGGAUAUAUGGGUCAUUGAUUUAAAAGAAUAUAUUUUUACCAUGGACAACCUUAUUAGUCAAUGUGUCCAUGUUGGUUUAAUAAAAAAAGAACUAAAUAAAUGCAUUUUAAUUUCAUAACACAUUGAACUGUGUACAUUAUAAAACAUAUAUAUAUUUUUGAAAUCAUACAAUUUUGUUAAAGAUUACACAAUUCAAUUUGAUGGCUAAAUAUGUUUGUGUUCGUGUUUUUGUGCCUUCAACAUGUCACAUUCCUGGAUGUUUAAAGCUCAGAUGAUGGAUAUUAAGAAGUAUUACCCUGCAAUUAAAAAGAAAAUUAUGAAUGAAUGAAAGAAAUUGAAAAUCAAUGUGACUUUCAUUGACUGUGAACAUGUCUUAUUCAUAAUUGUAUUCUGAUAUUACUUUUUAUUAAAAAGAAUAUUUAC